AUUUUUACAAAAAUGAAUUUAAUGUUUAAUAUUUUAAAAUUUUAAGUUUUAUCUAAACAAAAAAAAGAUGUGUAAACUACUUAAAUUUAACAGAAUUUAACUUGAUUAAAAUGGACGGAGCGGAUUUUCACUCAACAACAGAUCCCUCCAGUUCAGAUAACAAUUCUGAUAAAAUUUCAGAUAUCGAUCAGGAAGAUAAUGUCAAAUCAAAUGUAAACGGAAGUCGCGGAUACAAAUACAAACUAUGCGCAUUUGUUAUUAUAGCAUCGCUACAAGUUUUUGUAAAUUACAAUAUCGGAGCAGUUCCUAUUAUGCUGAACUGGAUCCAGGAACCGUACAGUUUCAGUAGUACAGAACUGGGUAUAAUGGGAUCCUUACCAUUUGCCGGAUAUCUCAUCUUUUCUCCAUUUGUUUCAAAUAUAGUCCUAACUCACAGUCCGAAAAAAUCAAUAGAAGUUGGGUUAUUUUUCAAUCUUGUAUCAUUAGUGAUUUUCGUACUCUCAUUUAACAAGUAUUUGUUUUUCAUCUCUAAUUUUUGCAUUGGUGCUUCUCAAUCCGCCUUUUCAACAUACUGUCCCAUAUGGGUUGACACAUUCGCUCCCAAAUUUCACAGGAAUCUCUGGAUGUCAAUAAUACAAGGUGGCAUUAUGAUUGGGAUGUCAGUGGGAUACAUCGUUACAUCGGCGUAUUCUUUCAUGGGCGUCAGGGCUUGGAGAUAUAGCAUUUUUACUCAAAUUUUGUACGGAAUAAUUUUAACUAUUUUGUUUUAUUUGAUUCCGAAGGAGUACGUUAACUUUGAUCCAUCCAAGGAUGAAAAUGUCGAUUUUAAUCUUUGCGGUUGUGAGAAGUCAUGUUCCGAUAUUAUUGAAAUAAGCACUGACAAAACUAAUUCCUUAACCAGUAGCAGCGAAGAUCUAUCCAAUGGUAGAGAUCCUCUCCUUAAACGUUAUCGUAGCCUAGAUUUUGUUUCGAAGGUAUCAUCAAUAGGAAUGACCAACAAAUAUAUUUCGAGAAUUAACUCCAGUUUUGAGGGGUUCUCCAGUAAAUCUGAAUAUUCUAAAUGCAAUAAAUGUUUCAUAAACAAUGUUAAAUUAUAUCAGGAAAUAAUGACUGUAAAAAAACUCUCGACGUGGUCAAAAUUUAAGUUAUUAGCUAAACAAAAUAUUUUCAUUUUAACCUGUACUGUAAUGUCUGUAAUUACAUUCGGUUCAGCUGGCUCUCUAUAUUGGAUGACGACAAUAUAUUUAACACAGCUUAAAAUGAGUGAAAAGUUUGUUUACUUCAUAUUUUCUCUUCAAGUAGUAACAGGAAUGAUCUUUGGAACAAUAACAGGAUCAAACCUUAUUGACCAAAUUAUUUAUCAUUAUCCUGAACAUCCACUUCUAGUUGAUAUUACCCUCAUUAUCUACGGAAUAUUUGCUAUAAUAUCUGGAAUUAUACUAAUCGUAUUACAAAUUCCAAUUGUUUACGGAUCUUGUAUUUUUAUUUUAAUAUUUUAUACGGCAUCGAUAAUUCCGACAAUAAUAUUACAAUCUGUUGCAUACCUUCCUCACAGACUUAAACCGGCCGGUUCAACAUUUUUCAUUUGCCAAUAUCAUAUAUUUGGUUUUUCGUUGGGGAUAAUAAUUCCAGGAAUAGCGAUGGAUAUGUUUAACAGUUAUACUGCAGCACUUUGUGUAAUAUAUCUUCCUGGGUUUAUAGGAUUGGCAUCAUUGGUAUCGAUCUUGUGGAUAAAGCGCAAUUCAAUUAAAAAACAAUGAUAAAGGGUUGUUUCCUACUUUCAAUUUCUAUUUAAUCUUAUUUUACUUCUGUCUUAAACAUUCGAAUCAUGAUAAAACUCAACAAAAUAAAACACAACAUUGUCGUUUUCUAAACGUGUAAAGAUGAAUUUGGUACUAAAAUUUU